ACGAAAAGAAAUAUUUUGAUCCCUAAUUUUCAGCCACUACUCUCCUAAUUUUUCUGUGAAUGUUAAAGUUAACUGAUCACGAUUGCAAACUGUUUUAUUUUCCUAUAUAAUUUCUUAUCAUGCAAAAACAAUCGAUCUUUCAUCUAUCCUAAUUUUUUCAGUUCUGAUCUCAACCGCCUCUUUCAUUUCUACUUCCUUUUCUUUUGUCUAUACGAAUUUAAAGUUUUUCUUAAAUUCAUUGCCUGAAUUAUUACUUUAAAGUUCAUGAUCAACAAAUUCUUUUAGAUCGAAUAGUGGAAUACAGUUGUCACUGAACCUUUCUCAAAGCAACACUUGGAUUGGCGGUCAAGUUUUAAAUUACACCGGGAAGAGAUUGAUACUGACUGGUAUAAGAAAUAAAAGCUGAUUCAAGAAGAAUAUACGAAAGAUCAGAGAGGACAAGAAUUCUCUACAGUAAACUUGGCGAAGGGUGAAGAUCAGGACUGUUGAAGACGAUAGAAUAUGAAGGUGAUAGAAUAUGAAGGUGAUGCAAACCGUUUGACAAUUAGAAACUGAAAUAUUUAUUUAAUUUAUAGUCUUUGAAAAAUUAGGGCCAUUUAACAUAUUUUGACCACAUAACCAUUUAAAAUCUUCACCAAAAAAAUUAGGACCUUGACUUUUAAUGCUGAAAAUCAUUUUGACCAUUUCAAUGGUGAAUAGUGAAUACGGGUUAGUCAAAAUCAUGUGUUAACUCAAAAACAAUUUUCUAAAAUUAAUUUUGUAAUUUCUGACGUUUUAAUUGGAUAGUUGUAACAUUUAUCUAAACAUUUUAAAAUAAUAUAUUUAGUUAAAACCUUUAAAUUGUCUGGAAGCAUGAACUAAUAAGUCAAUAAACGUUUUUUUAAUAAAGCAAACUAAAUUUGCAAAACUUAGAUCUUAAAAAUUCAACAAACUAUCAAAAGAAAUAAACUAAGGCUUAUUUUGUUUUUUAAAAAAAACUAUGAAAAGGAAACUAUCAAAAGUAGGCUUAUUUUGUUUUCGUGUGAGUUUUUUUUAUAAAUUUAGGUAAUUAACCCUAAAAUGUUACAAAUUGUUAUUUUAAAACUAUAAAUAAAAUAAAACAGUAAAAUUAUUAGAUUCAUUACAUCUGAAUUUAUAUUACGUUAAAUUAAGUAUUUGUUAUUUUCUAUGAAAUAAAUGAAUAAGUGAAUGAAUCAAAAUAAUAAUUUAUUUUAAUUGAAAAUUAUGAUAAAAAAAUUUUUCAUUUGUCCCAAACAUAUCAAAGUAUUUUAGAAGAGCAAAUUGAUCCGUGCAUAGCACGGGAUAAAUACUAGUUUAAUACUAUUUAUUAUGCUUAUCCUUGUUCGUAUUUUAUGAAUACAAACAAAUAAGUAUUUGACCAAUCAGAACGCUACAAAUAAGAGAAAUCAUAUUAACAAGAGUUAGUGGACCUCCUGUAUCGGGCCCAGGCCCAAUAUCUUAUAACAAACAAAUAUAUUGGCGCGCAUGGGUCUUUCUUUUAGCGCUCUUAGCUUCUUCUUCUCUCCCUCUCAUACUGAUUCAUUUGCUCAAUGAAGCAAGCAAUUCCCUAGAAGCGAGAUGAUAGAUGGAAAUUUGCUAGGAAUGUAAGCCUAAUAUCAAUAUCAAUUUCCUGGGAAUUAUAUGCUUUUCUGUUGAAAGUUCUCUUCUUUCGUUUAUGCACGCCACCUGUUCGAAGAAAUGACCAAGAGGAGCUUAUAUCAGUGGAACACUCUUCUUAAGAGUUUAUCCAGAGAUAAACAAUGGCAACAAGUUUUGUCUCAGUUUAGUCUAAUGUUUCUCGGUGAAGAAAAGCCUGAUAACUUCACCAUUCCAGUUGCUCUCAAGGCCUGCGUUGAGUUGCGCCAAGUUAAGUAUGGAGAAAUCAUUCACGGGUUCCUCAACAAGGAUGCUUCCCUUGCGUCUGACCUUUAUGUCAGCUCUGCUCUGAUUGAUAUGUAUGCCAAAUGUGGGAGGAUGACCCAAGCUUUGAGAGUAUUUGACGAGUUGGAGAAUCCUGAUUUAGUCACGUGGUCUUCUAUGGUUUCUGGCUUUGAGAGGAAUGGUUUUCCCUUUGAGGCCGUUGAGCUUUUCAGGAGAAUGGCCAUCUCUUCCCAUGUUUGUCCUGAUCGGGUGACUUUAAUCACCCUAGUUUCUGCAUGUACGAAACUAUCUGAUCCAAAACUUGGGAGGUGUGUGCAUGGUUUUGUGAUGCGGAGAGGAUUUCAAAAGGAUUUGUCUUUAGUGAAUUCUCUACUGAAUUGUUAUGCCAAGUCGAGAGCUUUCAAAGAAGCGCUUCAUUUGUUCAAGAUGAUGGCAGAGAAAGAUGUUAUAUCUUGGAGCACUGUGAUUGCUUGCUACGUUCAAAAUGGAGCUGCUAAUGAAGCACUGCGUGUCUUCAAUGAAAUGAUGGUUAGCGGAACAGAACCUAAUGCAGCUACUAUGCUCAGUGUGUUUCAAGCUUGUGCAGCUUCUCAUGAUCUAGAGCAAGGUAGGAAGAGCCAUGAAUUAGCCACUAGGAAAGGCAUUGAGGCAGAAGUGAAACUCUCCACUGCUCUAGUUGAUAUGUAUAUGAAGUGUUUCUCCCCCGAGGAAGCUUAUGCUGUUUUCUCCAGGAUUCCGAAGAAAGAUGUGGUCUCUUGGGUUGCGUUGAUAAGCGGUUUUACAUUAAAUGGAAUGGUUCACAGAUCAACUGAGGAAUUUUCCAAGAUUCUGCAUGAAAAUAAUACAAGGCCUGAUGCUAUUCUCAUGGUGAAGGUACUUAAGGCAUGUUCGGAUUUGGGCUUUCUCGAACAAGCUGAAUGCUUUCAUAGUUAUGUGAUCAAAUUCGGAUUUGACAGUAACCCGUUUGUCGGAGCCUCCCUUGUUGAGCUUUAUUCGAGAUGUGGGAGUCUAGGCAGUGCUUGUAAAGUGUUCAAUGAGAUAACUUUAAAGGACACCGUGGUUUGGACCUCUUUGAUCACUGGUUAUGGAAUACAUGGGAAGGGCAAUAAAGCACUGGAGACGUUUGAUCAAAUGGUCAAGAGCUCAGAAGUUGAGCCUAAUGAAGUGACAUUUCUCUCAGUCUUGUCUGCUUGUAGUCACUCAGGUUUGAUUCACGAAGGAUUGAAAAUAUUUGAGUUGAUGGUGAGUCAGUACGGACUUGUUCCCAACUUAGAACACUAUGCUGUAUUGGUUGAUCUUCUUGGUCGUGCAGGAGAACUAGACACUGCCAUCGAAAUCACAAAGCGGAUGCCUUUUUCACCAACACCUCAAAUCUUGGGUGCUCUCUUAGGCGCGUGUAGGAUUCAUCAGAAUGGUGAGAUGGCAGAAACUGUUGCAAAGAAGCUGUUUGAACGGGAAUCUAAUCAUGCUGGUUAUUACAUGUUGAUGUCGAAUAUGUAUGGGGUUAAGGGAGAAUGGGAAAAUGUGGAAAAGUUGAGAAAUGCAGUGAGGAACAGAGGAAUUAAAAAAGGAUUGGCAGAGAGUUUGGUUCAGAUAAAAAGAAAGGUCCAUAGAUUUGUGGUUGAUGAUAAUAUGCAUCCUGAGAAUGACCCGGUUUAUGGAUUGGUAAAGGAGCUGGAUUUGCAUAUGAAACAGGACUUGGAGGAUUCUGCGUAUUUUGAAACUGAGGGAGGCAGCUUGUGA